AUGGCUGUUACGAACAAUCAUAUCUUUAGCUCGGAUGGAUCUUGCGAUGUCCAGGCGUACAACCCAGCCCCUGUCCUUUCUCAGACUUUCCCUCCUUUUGAUCUGGCUAAGGCGAAUAUCUUCCGAUAUAGACAGCAACAAUCUGUUAACCUUGGGUCUUGGUACGUGUUCGUCCACGAAAACUGGAUGACACCGUCGUUGUUCAGAUGCGCUUCUGGACCUAAAAGCGCGGAGAUCGACAUUGCAACUGGCUGGGGAAACACUACGGGAGCCAGAGCUGUACUUGAACACCACUGGGAUACCUUUAUUACGCAGUCGGAUUUCCAGUAUUUGGCCUCCAUUGGCAUCAACACCGUACGGUUACCUAUUGGUUUUUGGAACUUGGGACCGACGUAUUGUCAAGGAACACCCUUCGAAUCGGUCGCCGAAGUCUAUACCAACUCCUGGAGUCGUGUCGUGCGGGCCAUUAACUGGGCUGGUGAGGCUGGCAUCGGUGUACUCGUUGAUCUUCAUGGAGCUGUCGGAAGCCAGAACGGCCAGGCUCACUCCGGUGUCUCGGAUGGACAGGCGAACUUCUUUAGUAACCCGUCAAACCAAGACGCUACCAUUAACGUCUUGACUUUCCUAGCCCAACAACUCGCUUCUGUGACGAAUGUUAUUGGAAUUGAGAUUCUGAACGAGCCAAAUGAUGACGAGAGCCUUCCCAACUUCUAUGACCGUGCAAUUCCUGCCAUACAUCAGGCAUCCCCGGCGGCCGCCACGCUUCCGUUAUAUAUCCACGAUGCGUUCAAUCUAGAUCGGUAUGCAGACUAUGUUGCGAAUCGUACCGACUUCCUUGUGGAAGACCAUCACUCUUACUUCGUGUUCGACUCGUAUGAUGAUUCACAAAGUGCUGAUCAAGACACAAAACAUGUAGAGACUACUAUUUCUGAUCAACUUAGCUCUGCAUCUCAGAAGACACGGCGUAACCUGAUCGUUGGGGAAUGGUCCUGUGCUCUUGUCGCGGAUGCUCUUAAAGGAGAGAAGGAUCCCAAAGCGUCGCGUCAACAAUUCUGUCAAGGUCAACAACAGGUGUAUGCCAAUACAACAGCAGGCUGGCAUUUCUGGAGUUAUAUGAAAGAAAGUUGCGACACAGAUGAAGACUGGUGCUUCAAGAACGCUGUCGGAAACACGCUACCUUCGAACUUCUUCGCAUACAACUCCACCUCCUCUGCCUCUGGUAGCAAGGCUAUGUACUUGUCACGAGCUGUGGCUGAUAUGAAAUUGCCGUCUAUGAGCGAAGUUCUUCUCCAGGCGAACGACCGAUCUUCAAGUUCCCUCUCGGCUAGUUCUCAAGACACUUCCCUGUCUGCUUCGGGAGACGGCUAUUCAGAUGGUUUCCUGACUGCAAAGAUCUUUGCACAGCACGGAAUGUCGAAACUCGGAUUCACUGGUCAAUACAAGACGGAUAGUAUUGCGAAGCUUAGUCCAGAAAUCGUUGCACCAGGAUCCGAAGACUUCUACAGUGAAUGGUUUGAUCGCGGUUUAAAAGACGGGGAGGAUGCUGUUAGCAAAGCGGCUAGUAUUUAG